UUUUCUAUCGCAAUUUAAAUUUUAAUGUAGUUUAAACAUUUUUAAUGUAAAUUAAGUAAAUUUUUUGAAUGUAGUAUAGAAUUUAAUUAUUUUUUGAGAAUGACGGAAACCUCAAUUAAAGAAUCCUUAAUUGAAGAAUCCUUAAUUCUUGAACCUUUGAUUGAGGAAUCAUUGAUUAGAGAAGGAUUAGUAGUAGUGAAUGGUAGAGGUCCUGAUAAUAAGCUUUUAUUUUAUAAUCCACCUCAGGUUUUUAACCGGGACCUAUCACUCCUAGUGCUAAAAACUUUUAUUCUUCAAGAAAAAAAGAAAAUUGAGAGUGAUCCGAAACUUGGUAAUUUUAUUGGUGUUAAUAUCCUCGAAUCAUUAGCCGCUACUGGAAUAAGAGGAAUAAGAUAUUUGAGGGAGUUGGGUCCCUUGGUCGGUAUGGUAACAUUUAAUGAUUUAGACCGUAAUUCAGCCGAAAUGAUCCUUAAAAACUUAACUUUAAACUCUAUGCCCAGGAGUAAAUACAGAGUAACAUGUUGUGACGCUAAUUUUUUAUCUAAUAUCCUCACUCCGCCACCGGACAUCACUAAACAUUUCCUCAUGUCAAAUAAUAUUUACAAGGCUCCCGUAGGCUCUUAUAAUAAUAAUACUAACAUUAAUAACAUAUUAAAACAGUAUAAUCAUACCAUGGAUCAACAUAUUAAUUUACUACUCCUCAAUCCUAGUGACGGUGACACUACUGACCCUGUGAACUCUACAGAUCAGAGCAUAUUCAGAAAUGUAGUGGAUAUAAUUGAUUUGGAUCCAUAUUCGAGUGUAACUUCAUAUGUAGAUUCCGCUGUAAGAUGUGUAAGAAGUGGUGGAAUGUUGUUGAUAACCAGCACUGACAUGCCUACACUGUGCGGUAAUAAUCCCCUGGUAUCAUUUUAUAAAUACGGCGGGACCAGUUUCAAGUCACCCUUCUGCCACGAAUUGUCACUCAGAGUAUUAUUAUACUCUGUGAUGUUAACAGCAAGUAAAUAUAAACGUGUUAUUGAACCUCUCGUUUCCUGUAGUAUAGAUUUUUAUGUCAGGGUUUUUGUCAAGGUUGUGUACUCUCCAGAACAGUGUAAAAGAGUAGGACAGAACUCAGGACUCAUACUAUUAUGUGUCAGAUGUCAUUCAUACCAUAUUCUUCCUCUGUGUCAGGAUUACACAGGUAGUAUUAGUGAGAGCGGUAAGGGUGUUGAAGGAGGUAAUACAGUUAGUCACAAGAAGAGAAAGGUGGAGGGAAUUGAUUGGAGUAGGAAGUGUGAGGAGUGUGGAUCAAGAAUUAAAAUUGGUGGUCCAAUUUAUACCGGACCACUACAUAAUCAUGAGUUCGUACAAGCAACUCUUCAGACUCUGGAUACUGAUCACUCUAGUUCUAAUACUACUCAGAAUACCAUAGGAAAUGAUACUCAGAAUACUAUGGAAAAUACUGUAGAUGGUACUGCGGAGAGUGUGGAUAUUGGAAUAACAAUGUGGAAGAGGAUAAGGGGCUUGUUAACAACAAUAAAUGAGGAAGUGGAUGUACCGCUUUAUUAUUCCAUUUCGGAUUUAUGUCAAAUCUGGUCACUCACCACCAUCAGCCCAAUUCUUUUCAAGGGGGUAUUGAGGGGAUUGGGAUAUAAGGCUUCGAAUUUCCAUAGGGAUCCGAAUUCGAUAAAAACCAACGCACCAAACCAAGUUGUCAUGGACAUCAUCAGAACACACGCCAAAAAUACCAGUAAAACCUCCAAUCACUCCUUCUUCUCCAAACCCAUACAAACGGUUGGGAUAGAUUUGGAUAUGAAGGUGGCUAAGGUGAAGGAUGUGCCGAGAUGGUUCCCUAACCCAACCAGUCAUUGGGGACCCAAAAAAAUGCAUAAAACUACUUCAACCUCCCUAAUCUAAUCACAUAAACA